GCUCUUCUUGUGAAAGACCUCGCACAGGCUCUUCAUACUCUCAUCUCAGCAUGGAGGCUUCCCUGUGCUUUGCGUUGCUCGUUUUUUUUCCAGCGUUCACCUCAACCGUCGUUCUCCCUCAGAAGAGGUCUGCGCAGGAGCGUGGCAGCGAUCUGGAGAUCUACAGCUUCCACGUGGACUGCAAGGUCACCUCCCGCUUCGCCCACAAUGUGCUCACCAGCCGCAUGGCCAAUCGAGCCAACGCGUCCAGAGAGGUCACCUUCGACGUGGAGCUGCCCAAACAUGCGUUCAUCAGCAACUUCAGCAUGACCAUCGAUGGCAAGACGUAUGUUGGUGUGGUGAAGAAGAAGGAAGAGGCCAAGCAGCAGUAUGAUCAGGCCGUGUCCCGGGGGCACAGCGCUGGACUGGUCAAAGUCUCCGGGAGGAAGAUGGAAGAGUUCAAGGUGUCGGUGAACAUCGCGGCGCUCAGCAAGGUCACCUUUGAGCUCACCUACGAGGAGCUGCUGAAGCGACACCUGGGGAAGUACGAGCUCGCCAUCAAAGUGCGGCCGCAGCAACUGGUCAAACACUUCAAGAUCGAUGCUCAUAUCUAUGAACCUCAGGGCAUUAGCUUUUUGGAUGUGCACGCAGCAUUUCUAACUAACGACUUGGCAGAGACAGUGAAGAAGACAUUAACCCAGGACAAGGCCCACGUUGUGUUUGAACCAACACUGGACCAGCAGCGCAAGUGUCCGGAAUGCUCUGAAAGCAUCUUAGACGGAGAGUUCAUCAUUAAAUAUGACGUGAAGAGAGAAGCAUCAGCAGGAGAUAUCCAGAUCGUGAACGGAUACUUUGUUCACUAUUUUGCGCCCACGGAUCUGCCGAGGAUGCGGAAGAAUGUGGUAUUCGUGAUAGACCGCAGUGGCUCCAUGCACGGGAAGAAAAUGCAGCAGACUCGGGAAGCUCUUCUGAAGAUCCUAGAAGACAUUCAUGAAGAUGAUCAUUUCGGCUUGAUAACGUUCGACAGCGAGGUCUCGACUUGGAAAAGUACUUUAGUUCAAGCUACUCCCGAGAUGGUGCAGCAGGCCAAAACUUUCGUGGGCCGCAUUACAGACCGAGGAGUAACCGAUAUAAACGCAGCUGUUCUGAAAGGAGUGGAAAUGCUGAAGAUUUCCAAGGAGGAGAGGAAGCUCCCUGAACGCAGCGUCUCCAUUAUCAUUCUGCUGACUGAUGGCGAUCCCACAUCCGGCGUCACUAACCUGGAGCAGAUCCAGUCCAAUAUAAAGAAAGGGAUUGAAGGCCUCUACACGCUGUACUGCCUGGGCUUUGGCUUUGACGUUAAUUACAACUUCCUGGAGAAGCUGGCUCUGGAGAACGGGGGCGUGGCUCGGCGGAUCUACGAAAGCUCUGACUCCGCCUUGCAGCUCCAGGGGUUUUAUGAAGAGGUGGCGACCCCUUUGCUGCAGCAGGUUGAGCUGCAGUACCCGGGCAACGGGGUCUCUGAUCUGACAGAAAAUGUUUUCAGACAUUACUACAACGGCUCCGAAAUUGUGGUCGCUGGACGUAUUUCCAAAAACGACCUGGAGAUACUGAGCGUACAGAUAAAAGCAGGGGCAGCCAGCAGCGACCUGACCCUCGCAGCCGAGACGCCGGUGGAGGAGCAGGACGAAGCUGUGAAGAAGCACAAGUACAUUUUCGGAGAGUACAUCGAGAGGCUCUGGGCUUACCUGACCAUCGAGCAGCUGCUGUCAAAGAUUGUUUCAGCUCAGCCUGAAGAGCGCGAAGCCCUCAAUGAGAAAGCUCUGCAGCUCUCUCUGAACUAUAACUUUGUGACUUCGCUGACAUCGAUGGUGGUGACCAAACCUGAGGAAGGGCAAACGGACCGAACCAUGGUGGCACACAAGCCAACUGAAGCAGAGCAAGGAGACAGACUUGACUUCAGUCACCAUGGAGGAGGAUUCGGAAUGGGUGCAGCAGGAGUACCGUUUGGUCCAGGUGAUCCCCUAGGCAGACCACAGGGAGGAGGAUUCGGAAUGGGUGCAGCAGGAGUACCGUUUGGUCCAGGUGAUCCCCUAGGCAGACCACAGGGAGGAGGAUUCAGAAUGGGUGUUGCAGGAGUACCGUUUGGUCCAGGUUAUCCCCUAGGCAGACCACAAGGAGGAGGAUUCGGAAUGGGUGCAGCAGGAGUACCGUUUGGUCCAGGUGAUCCCCUAGGCAGACCACAGGGAGGAGGAUUCGGAAUGGGUGCAGCAGGAGUACCGUUUGGUCCAGGUGAUCCCCUAGGCAGACCACAGGGAGGAGGAUUCGGAAUGGGUGCAGCAGGAGUACCGUUUGGUCCAGGUGAUCCCCUAGGCAGACCACAAGGAGGAGGAUUCAGAAUGGGUGUUGCAGGAGUACCGUUUGGUCCAGGUUAUCCCCUAGGCAGACCACAAGGAGGAGGAUUCGGAAUGGGUGCAGCAGGAGUACCGUUUGGUCCAGGUGAUCCCCUAGGCAGACCACAGGGAGGAGGAUUCGGAAUGGGUGCAGCAGGAGUACCGUUUGGUCCAGGUGAUCCCCUAGGCAGACCACAGGGAGGAGGAUUCGGAAUGGGUGCAGCAGGAGUACCGUUUGGUCCAGGUGAUCCCCUAGGCAGACCACAAGGAGGAGGAUUCGGAAUGGGUGCAGCAGGAGUACCGUUUGGUCCAGGUGGUCCCCUAGGCAGACCACAAGGAGGAGGAUUCGGAAUGGGUGCAGCAGGAGUACCGUUUGGUCCAGGUGAUCCCCUAGGCAGACCACAGGGAGGAGGAUUCGGAAUGGGUGCAGCAGGAGUACCGUUUGGUCCAGGUGAUCCCCUAGGCAGACCACAGGGAGGAGGAUUCGGAAUGGGUGCAGCAGGAGUACCGUUUGGUCCAGGUGAUCCCCUAGGCAGACCACAGGGAGGAGGAUUCGGAAUGGGUGCAGCAGGAGUACCGUUUGGUCCAGGUGAUCCCCUAGGCAGACCACAGGGAGGAGGAUUCGGAAUGGGUGCAGCAGGAGUACCGUUUGGUCCAGGUGAUCCCCUAGGCAGACCACAAGCUCCAUUUCCAACCCAUACAGCUCAACAGCCAACCCAUGCAGCAGAUGAAAACCCGCAGUUUGUAAUCCCAGUGAAAAAUAAACAGCGGUCCGUGUGCUUUGAGAUCACUGCUCCAUCCGACGGUGUCAUUCUGCAGCUGGUCAGUGAUGCAGACUCAGGGAUCACGAUCAACGGAGAGCUGGGAGAGGCUGGGAAAAGUGCAUUCCAAAAGAUAGGAAUUGUUUACAAAGAUCUGUACGAAAUAGAGUUUAACACACAAGGACUCUCCCUGGUCAAUAAAACUGAUAAUUCCAUUCAAACACUGAGCUGGAGCCCUAUGAACAUCGUGUCGGACAGCCUCUCUCUAUCCUCUUCAAACGGGAGGACCACUGAAGUGACUCUGGGGAGCACGGUCAUUGAGGUUUUACUGCAUCGUUCAAGACAAGACUUUCUGUGGCUCAAAAUAAAACUGAAUGAUUUCUCUGCAGGAAGCACUGGGCUGCUGGGUCGGUUUUCUAGACAGUUGUAUGUAAAAGAAGGUAGAAUUGGCAGUAAAGUCUUGAUUGAAGUAUAUGGGCACGAUGUGACUGUGACCAGGGAUUUCACAAUCGAUUACGGAACGCUGUCUAAAGACAGAGUCUCUUGCUGGGUUGUCCCAGACGGUGGACGAGGAGCAAUCGACGGCUCUUACAGCGACUACGUUGUCCAGACUUUGUUUCAAAAACCAUAAAAGCCUUUCAAUGCUUACUGUUUUGAUGAUUGGCUGACAAACCAAUAAAAGACAAAUCUGUAUACUCUU